AUGGCAUCUCGACUUUGCUCUCGCCUGGCAUAUAUCCGGCCAUCCCCUAUUGGCAUCCGUCUGGGUGGCGUCACUCGGCCUACUGCAGCUACAACGUCACUGUCCAACCUCUUUCCACGUGCAGCGAACCCGGAUGUUACACGACAGCAAGAACGAUGUAGUUCGAACUCUCCCAUGGCACCAGCACCAAGUCAUGCCCGGAAGAAAGUGACCAUCAAGUCAUUGGAGGCUCUGUAUCGAAAGGGGGAACCGAUUACCAUGAUGACGGCGCAUGACUUCCCUAGCGCUUAUGUAUGUGAAGCUGCGGGUAUGGAGAUGAUUCUGAUCGGAGAUAGUCUGGCCAUGGUUGCUCUGGGGAUGAACGAUACAAGCGAGGUGACGCUUGAGGAGAUGAUUGUGCAUUGUCGAAGUGUCUCCAGAGCAGCGGCGUCUGCUUUUGUGGUUGGUGAUAUGCCAAUGGGUUCGUACGAGGUUUCUGAAGAACAAGCUGUCCAGACUGCUAUCAGACUGGUAAAAGAGGGUCGUGUCCAAGGCAUCAAGAUCGAAGGGGGCCAGGAAAUCACCCCCACCAUCAGACGUAUCGUCAAGGCUGGAAUCCCCGUCGUUGCCCACGUUGGCUUAACUCCCCAGCGACAAAACGCUCUCGGAGGGUUCAGGGUUCAAGGCAAAUCCAUGGCUACAGCAGUGAAGGUUUAUCAAGAUGCUCUGGCCGUCCAGGAGGCUGGUGCAUUUAUGACGGUGGUUGAAGCAGUGCCCGCUGAGAUUGCUGCUAUUAUCACGAAGAAGCUGCGUAUCCCAACCAUUGGUAUUGGGGCCGGUAACGGAUGCUCGGGCCAGGUACUGGUACAAAUCGAUAUGUUGGGCAACUAUCCUCCCGGAAGAUUCUUGCCGAAAUUUGUGAAGAAGUAUGGUGACGUGUGGUCUGAGAGCUUGAGGGCUAUCGAACAGUAUAAGAAUGAAGUCAAAAGCCGGGAAUACCCAUCACCAGAAUAUUCGUACCCGACCACACAGGAAGUCGUUGAGGAAUUCGAGAAGGUAGUUGGAGAGAAACAGUGA